GGAUGAAAACGAUGAUGAAGUCUGCUUCACGUUCUGUCUCCGCGCCUCCCUGACUGUGGUGCUCAUGUGAUGCUAUGGACCGUAUGUUUUUGGACUGUCAUGCUUAGACAGUAGGAUAUGAUGCAUUUCUAUGCGUUUGCUAUCAUUCUAUGCGUCGUAGUUGUUGGAAGCGCGAGCGAAUCGCCUACGAACGAACUGCCAGAUUGCUCCCAAGCUCCGAAACCAAGCGACGAGAGAAAGACGUUCCGCGAAUUAUUUAUUGUGAGCACACUCGAUGGUAAAAUAUCGGCGCUUGAUCCCAAGGCUCACGGAAACCUGGUAUGGUCGCAUGAAACGGGCCCAGGGGGCCUUCUGUCUUCAAGCCUUAGUAAACUGGAAAUGCGGAACCGAGGUCAGCGAGUGCGUCUUGUUCCAUCAUUGGAUGGCUCCCUGUACAAAUUCGAUGGCGAUACAGUGGAACCACUGCCUAUGUCCGCAGACUUUUUGCUGAAGAGCUCGUAUCGUUUAGGUGAUGAUCUUGUGAUCACAGGUGGCAAGGAGGCUCGCACUUAUGGAAUCAAUGUUCACACUGGCCAGGUGCGGUACAUCUGCACCAUGAGCGGCUGUGACAACACCAAGGAAGACUUCAGCACAGAGGAUGUCCUAGUAGUGAAGCGCAACACUCAAACUGUCAGGGCUGUUGAGCCGCACUCUGGGCGAGAAAAGUGGAACUUCAGUGUUGGUGAGAACCAGCUUACCGUGUUAAAGGGCUUAAUGGCCAGUUGCAGUGGAAGCAGCAGCAGUGACAGUAGCGACACAGACUCCUAUGUGGUGGAAGAGCCAUCAAAUUGCUCCAGUGGGGAAAGCUGCUCUAAAGAAAGCCUUAUUCAAGUGGUGGUGCCAGAGGGCCUAGUUGCUUCCACUAGUAAAAGCAAGGGAUCACUGGAAUGGUCAGUCAAGCUUCCUAGCCCAGUUGUUGGAGCAUGGCAUCUACGAAACGGAGAGUUGGAAGUAGUUGACCUUUUUGAGCAUAGUCGCAUCCUUGGCUUGGACGGCCCUAACCAAAGCAAACAAAACAACCCUGUACUUUAUCUUGGUAUGCAUGAGAGGCAGCUGUACGUGCAACAUAGUGGCAACAUACGCUCUGAAGUUUCCGGAGGAUACUCGCAGCUGAUUGAUCCUCACCGGAGCAACUUGCCUCAAGUUGAAUGGAAGCCCUAUCUCGCCUCAGCACCAAGCAGAACACCAAUCAUCAACACUGGUAAUAAAGCAGCACCUCCAAUGCUGGAACAAUCCAGUUCUUCUAGGAAGGCACUCAUGAUUAAAGAUGACAUUUUAGACUACCCUUUUGAUACUGGCUACUACCUCUACAGGGGUGUGGAUUUAGACAACGAUUCAGUGCUGUUGUGUGAGAAAGAGGAAGUGGCUGAAACAUUGAAUGAACACAUUGUCAAGUCUUUACGCUUUUGGUGGAAGGAAAUAUCGUUGAUUGUUCUAGCUACUUUCAUGAUCAACAUUUUCAUAACGAAGCAUGUGCUGCGACGUUUCAAGCUAAAGCAUCUACAAGAACUGUCUUCCAAGGAAACAAAAAGUAAUUCAGGAUCAGAGUCUGCAGUUAUACCUGUAUCUGAGCAACCAGUUGGGCAACCUUCUGUGGAUGUUGGCUCUACUCUGGGAGACUUGCCCAAAUACACUUCCAGGUAUCUUGCAGACUUUGAGCCUGUUCGGUGCCUUGGCAAAGGUGGUUUCGGACUUGUUCUUGAGUCGCGCAACAAACUGGAUGACUGCACGUAUGCUGUGAAACGUAUCUGCCUCCCAAACAACCCUGAAGCUCGCGACAAGGUGAUGAGGGAGGCAAAAGCACUGGCUAAGUUGGAUCAUUCCGGCAUUGUGCGAUACUAUAACGCCUGGCUGGAAAGCCCACCUCCUGGGUGGCAAGAACACCAGGAUGAUGUGUGGCAAGGAAGCUUUGACACAUGCACAACCUCCUCGUCCUUUGAUAAGACCACCACAUCGGCUGCAAAGGACUCUUCUUGGGGGAAUGCCACACGUCCUUUCAAUCCGUUGCGGCCUUUUGAGGACCAAUUUUCAUUUGGAGACAUUGGGCACGGCAGUGCAGUGCUGUCUUCCAUGAACUCUUCAUCAAGUGGCAUCACCACUGAUCGCCACACAUCGGAUGAUCGUUCCUUGUGCGUGCCUUUUUCUGCAUAUGCAGCUACUGACGAAGAUGACUCAAUGAUUCAGUUUGAGCACUCUGGCAAGGAUGUCAAGGAGCAGUCCAUUUCAAAAUCUUCAGCGAAACCCAAGGAAAAUGGGGAGCGGCCAAAGAGUUUGUCGCUGCCUGAGCAACCACCCAUGAAAGUGUACUUAUACAUUCAGAUGCAGCUAUGCAAGAAAGAAAGCUUGAAAGAAUGGCUGCACGCUCAUUCUACUGAUCGUGACUAUGAGUCUGUUCUUGACAUAUUCUACCAGAUUGUCAGUGCAGUUGAAUAUGUCCAUGACAAUGGCUUGAUUCACCGAGAUCUUAAGCCGUCCAACAUCUUUUUUGCCAUGGAUGAUGCCAUCAAGGUGGGAGACUUCGGCCUGGUGACAGCUCUGACAGGUGGCUCAGUAGUUGCAACCCCUUUGGAAGCACCCUCUGGAGAUAUUUUCUCCAGCAAGUCAGGACGCCUGACUGAUCAAGUGGGCACCCAGUUGUACAUGAGUCCGGAGCAGAUUGAUGGCCUCAAGUACAACCAGUCAGUGGAUAUCUUUUCUCUGGGGCUUAUUUUUUUCGAGCUUCUAUGGCCUUUUUCAACUCAAAUGGAGAGAAUACAGGACUCGUUCGGACUCAGACUCUCCAAAAUCUUCCUGAGCCGCACUCUUUCGAACUCACUCUAUGGAAAUUUUCUUCAACCGGACUGACUUGGACUCAAGCUCGCCAAAAUACGAACUCACUCAGACUCAAGGCUUGAUCUGAGUCCGAGUGAGUUGACUCAUGAGUCCGUUAGCCUAGAAUUAGCUUCUUCGACCAUGGUGAUAACGUUGUUUAAUCCAAGUAUCUCACGUAAUCGGGGGUUCUUUUAAGCGCCUUCUGAUAUAGUAGCUCUGAGUAAGAGUUCCAACUGGUUUUAAACCAGUGGAGACAUUUUUUUUAAAUAGAUAACAAAAUAUAUUCAUCAAGAACUUUCCUGAAAAAGUGGGCAGCAGGAAGAUAAAUGCACCUUUUAUGUAGAAUAACAUAAGAGCUGAGCUAGUUGGUACGUAUUCAUACUAAAAAAGACAGGGCGUGCAAACACACACAUAAGAAGGAAGUCAAGACACCACGAAUGCUUACUAAAAACUGAAAGUGCACACAGCAACUCACCUUCGUAAUUGACACCUCUGAUCAAUAAAUAUUAAAAUGGUGUAUGAACGAUACCACUACUUUGAAAUACGUGUCAGUAGACAUGAGUGUAAAUGUGAAUACAGGUAAAGCUGAUAGUAAUGCUGAAGAUGAGCAGACAGGGACAAUAGGUUGGAAAAAAAAAAAAGAACUCGCUCAGACUCGCUUAAGAAAUGUAUCGUAUGCUUUGGACUCGCUUUGACUCAUCAAAAUUUUCCUGAGCCGGACUCAUUUGGACUCGGACUCACCCUGGGCUCUCUGAGACUCUUAACUCAUGGCUCGAUCCAAGUCUGAGCGAUUCAGUGUAAGUCGACUCACGAGUGAGUUUGCCUAUCUAUGCAUACAAGAAGUAGGCCAGAAUUAGGCUUAUGCGAAUAAUAAAUUUGACGUUCGAAGUGAAUAUAGAGUUUUCGUGAAAUAAUUUUUAAUAGUAUACGUACAUCAUCACAUAUUACAUUCAAACCUCAUUAUAGCAAAGUGGCAUCUUAUACAAUAGUAAGUGUGUUGUAUGCAAAAAUUCGUAAUAAAGGUGUAUUCCUAACACUAUAUAUAUUACAUUUACAAGACUGGUCUACAUUUACUUCGUUAUAACUGAUAUUUUGUUAUACCUGGGUUUAUUAUGUUGAGGUUCGAGUGUAUAAAGAAAAAUGAGCAUAUUUGUCAUGACCCAACUAACCUGCACAAUUUUUUUUUAUGGGAUUAAGGCAUGCGCAGAUGUCAUUCUGUUUGGUUACAAAAAAGUGGAAGCAACUUUGAAUGGUAGCAGGAUUUUACUGUCAGUAGAAUGCAAGUCAUAACCUGUAAUUAUAAAUUACUAUACGUAGAUCAUAUAAGCCGGUGUAACAAUAAAAAAACUCUUAAAGUCAUAGUUUCGCUGCAUGGGUGAAGCAAUCAAUGCAAUAUCAACAAAUUGAAAUGUCAUGCAAAGAACGACAAGCAGAUUGUUGAAAAAAGAAGCACGCUUCUCAGGCACAAAGAAUGCACGAAAAGAAGACACACAGGACGAGUGCAAACUAAUACCUGUGUUACGCGGGCCCUUUUGAAAGGCCACCCGGUCAAUGGUCGUCAAAACGCCACAACUAUGGCGACAUGAUGCAGUUUUUGCGCAGCUACACAGCAGCUGUAAAUGAUCGCUGAGUGGUUCAGGUGUUUCUCGCAAAAGUUGUGUGGCACUACGGAUCGUUAUUUUUGCAUUCAUGUUACCUCAAUUAAAAUAUAUAAGUUCGCUUAAAAACUCAAACAUGUUUGUGGAUAAUGUUUAAAUAUUUCAAUUAAUUAUUAAUUCAUAGUUGUGAAUGCAGUGUUGGACGCGCUAGCGAUGGGUCUUCAUUGGAAGAAUAAGCAUUUAGGUACACUUUGGCAGUGAAUAAAAAUAUAUUCUAAACGUU